UGUGGCACAGAUGCAAAUCUGUUCUCAUUGAUAAAUAGAUUAUUGUUUAAAAAAGAUUUAAAGUUAGAAAAAAGACCGUUUUAAUGUCGAAGGGAACGAAACGAUGGUUCCACUCAACAUUCGAUGAAGUCGUCGGAGCUGUUUCGCAAAAACAUUGUGAACCUCAGACUCACGAAAUAACGGCGAAGAAAACGAAGCUCAACGAUUCAAAUAAGUACAACGCCUCACGUUCAGUUGCCAAGGUGAAUACCAGCAACCCACGACCUACUGACUGGUCUGUUGAAUUAGCUCCGAAAACUGUUGCCGACCUAGCCGUUCAUCAGAAAAAGAUAGAGGAACUACAACAGUGGCUGCAAACGUACGAGCGAGUGAAAGACACCGAUCCGGUUGCCAUCCUGUUAGUUUCCGGUCCACCAGGCUGUGGCAAAAGUACGGCUGUGAGGACGAUAGCUGCAGAUCAAGGAUACCGGAUAGCAGAAUGGUCCGUACCUGUUGAUGUGGAUUUGUACUCUCGUGAGGAAUUCGAUUUUGAAGAUGUUCCUUAUGAGCACGUUACCUUUCGCGAGAAUCAGAGACUACAGUUUGAUAAGUUUCUGUAUAAAACGUCCCGAUAUUGUUCGAUAUUUGAAACAGAAACAGAUAAAAAGUUACUUUUAGUGAAAGAUUUACCAAACAUUUUUCUGCGGGAUCCGGAUGCAUUUCGUAGUUCAUUGGAAGCAUUCCAUGAUGCCGGAGCAUCACCGUUGGUGUUUGUUGCAACGGAAACAUCCAGCAAAAAGUUGGAUAUUAUGUACAACCUUUUUCCAUCAUCCGUUUUGCUGGAGUAUAAAAUCCAUCACAUAACACUGAAUAGUGUUUCUACCACUUUAAUGAGAAAGGCAGUCAAACGAAUCACCUCUUUAAUGGGUCGUAUCGAUAUGGAGCAUAACUAUCGAGUUCCUACUCAGGAGACGAUUGAUAGCAUCAUCUUGUCGUCGCAGGGUGAUUUGCGGAAUGCAACUAUAAACAUACAUUUUGCUUCUCUUAAAAAUGCUCCACAGUUAACGACAGAAUGUGUUAAUAUCCGAGAGGUCCUGAACAGUUCGGGAGCAGCUGUUGUAAAAGGUAAAAAUAAGAAAAAGGAGAUUAAAUUAAAAUCAAUCGGUUGUAACGAGAGUCUGACGCUGAUGCACGCACUUGGACGAGUUUUCAAUCCAAAGUUUGAGCAAACAAAUGGCAACCCAGGCACACAAAAGUUUCAUCACUCACCUGAGGACCUGACGGACUCGUUCAUUUCACAGCCAGGAUCGAUGAUUUCGCUACUGCAUUCAAAUUAUGUAGUGCGAUUUACUGAUAUAGAGGACGUCACUAGCGCGGCAGAUGCGCUUAGUCUAGCGGAUGUUAUUAUGAAUGAGUACCGUGAGGACGCUAUGGCCAGCCACGGUUUAAACAUUGUCGUACGUGGCAUGAUGGUAGCGAAUCGAAAAACCGCCAGCGGUUGGCAGCAAAUAAGGAAGAAAAAAACCUUCAGCAAACCCAGUAUCGGCUGUCACGACGAGGUGCUGAAAAAACAUGGUCUCGAAACGUCUUCUAUUUCAACAGGCCUCUUUAUUACCGAAUACAAACAUUAUCUAAACAUCAUACAAUCGGAACAAGGCUGGAACGUUAAUUGUACAUAAUAUUCCGUUUGCUUUUAAAUUGAUAUUGUGUUAUGUUGAUUAAAUUGAUUGUGUUAUGUGUGUCAAUUUUACACCAAGUCAAUCGCAUUUGAUUUAUAUGUAUAACAGAGUAAAA